CACUACUACCGCCAGAUGCAGUACAUUGGGAUGAUCUUUCGGCAAAGAUGAUGGCAACAGAAAAUGGACAGAGGGCAGGGCUAGCAUCACUGCUUCGAUAUGCCCAGCCCAACAACAGGUCAGCCUACCCAUUAGAACAAGAAAACAAGCGAUUGGGCGACAUUGAAUCUCAGCUGAAAGCAUUCCUAAACGAUCAUUCCAAAUCAAAAGAUGCGCUUCUAGGCUCACUGCAAAGCCUUUCACCCGCUCUUCGUGCCAGUUUUUGCCGCAAGACAUGGCUUACCAUCAAGGAAAAAUACGAGGAAGAGCUUUGGUCAGCACUGCCAUCUUCAAGUAGGCUAAAAGCAGCAACCAAACCUUCUGCAGAUCGAGCAGAAGAAGUGUUGGGAAAGGUUUCUUCUGUGUAUGCGGUAUAUGAAGACAUUGUCAGUAUACUGGGAGAUCCCUUAAAAGAUGGCUUGUAUGUCGUCAACUGUCAUGCUCUCACUGCUUACCGGCCAGAUUUUGCACAAGCGAUCUAUCGGGAUAUCAUAGAGGCACGAUCACAAAGUCUAACGCGGGAUGCAUUAUUGGCACUAGGGUUGAGAUCAGAAUGGCAAUCACUCGUAUCUACAGUAGUGCACAAGAUUGUAAAAGAUAAAAUCUUUUCUGGUGGUGCAUUCUCUUUAUCAUCCGCACGAUCGGCAAACAUACUAGACAACAACCCUGACGAUAGCUUUGGCGAACAUUCGUACGAUUUCGAGGAGCAAGCCCUUCCUGAAUUACGAGGCUGGCUAGAACAUCACAUCUUGCCAAUCUUACGGAUCUGGGAUGUGAGUCAUCUGGACAUACUCUCAAAACAGAUUUCCUACAAGCUGCUCUUGGUCCUCGGGCAACUGCGUGCUCGACAAUUGUUUGAUAUCAUUAGCGAUUUUCCGCAAUCUUCACCAGCUCUUCAAGAUCUGAUUGAAUGUUCAGAGCAAGUGGACAUAAAAGAUUACGUAUCUUCAACCCUUGCAGACGCUCUACAAGCUCGCUUGCUUCAUCCUGGUGCUUCGACUAGGGACAUUAUCCAAUUUUACACCCAUCUGAUUCGCUCUUUACGCUUCGUUGAUCCGACUGGUGUGAUCCUUUCUCAUGUCAUUGGUCCUGUGCGCUCGUAUUUGCGAGCAAGGAACGAUACGAUUCCAGUCAUUGUUGCAAGUCUUUUGGGACAGGCAGGUGAUUUUACGCUCUUGCACCAUAUGAUGCGUGAGACAAGCGAUUUGAACAGCGGACUUGGUCGAUCUGGUCGUGGUGGAGCAGGUGAUCAAUCGAUUACUAUGUAUGAAGAUGUAACGGCAAGUGGUCUGAAUGGCCUUGCAGAAGGAAUGGAUGCAGAUUCUCUCAAUGUGGACAUUACCGCAAUGGAUGAAACAAAACGAAUGGUUUUCAUACCUGAACCUGAUGAAGAUUGGGCACCCCGUCCGAUCGAUGCUGGACCGGAUUAUCGACAAAGCAAAAAAUCCGAUGUGAUUGCAAUCAUCAUUUCAAUCUUUGAUGAUGAACAAGGAUUUAUUGCAGCGAUCGAAAAGAGUUGUGCGGAACAAAUCAUUCAAAUUCGAAAGUAUGAUUCAAGAAAAGAAUACGAGCUAAAUGAAAAUCUAAAGAAACGAUUUGGAGAUUCUUCGAUGAAUAAAUGUGAUGUUAUGUUGAAUGAUAUCAAACGAUCGCAAAGGAUCGAUAGACGUGUUCACAAGAUUGAUACGGAGGUCAGACAAGAUGUGGAAGAUGAUGUGAAAGCUGCAAUGAACAUCUUGCAUCCUCUCAUCCUUUCGCGUCAAUUUUGGCCACUUUUUAACGACGAUGGCACAAUGCCAGCACAAGGGGCAGGAGUCAAUCCUGGUAGUGGCAUAAACGGAAGUAACGGUGCUGGAGCGAAUGGUACCUCGAUGAUGUUUGCUUCCGCUCCUCUGGCUGUUUCUGGAGCAGCAAACCAAGCAGCUUUGAGUACGAGCGCACCUGUAAAUGGAACGAGCACAAGCGAGCAAGAACAAUUACCUAAACCAUACAAAGAAGCGAUGGAAAGUUAUCAAAACAAGUUCAGUAAAAUCGUUCAUGGUAGAAAGUUGCGUUGGUUACCCGGAAGAAAUUCGGUGCAUGUGCAUAUAGAGAUGGACAAUGGUCAAACAUUGGAUGACAAUGUUACGCCAUUGCAAGCUUGUAUAAUUCAGGUAGCUGCAAGAAAGUCUUCCUUGGCCACGGAAGAGAAGUCUGUUGUUCUCACAGAGAUUGCAGAAGAGCUUGAUGUUUCCAUUGAGGCUGCUCAACAAGCUUUUUCGUACUGGACCUCACGUCGGAUUCUCAACGAAGUUGCACCAGGAAGAUACGUCAUUGUUGACGAAGCAAAUUAAUACUCUCAUUCUUGUAUGCUAAACAUGUUCAUUAAGAAACCAAAUACGAUACAGUGAAGAAAAAACAAAUCAAAGCUGAGAGCGUUUGAGUGGGAAAUGAAAAUGCUACAAGAAAAAAGAUUGCUCUCCGUUGAAGGGUUUUUGAAAAUAAGAAAAUGGGAAGAACAGCGUACAAAUU